UUUUUUUGUUUCCUUCCUAUUAUUUAAAUGAUGUUAGAAUCAACACAGCAACGACUACAGAACCUAUAUAUUGCACGAUUAGUAACACAGGAAAGACCAUGCUUUGUUUGUAAUAAGUUCACUGGAGUUGUAUUGACAUCUGCAGACAAUAGUAAUGCAGAUUGGUUUUAUAUUUGCAAGAGUCAUCUCGGCGAUUCCAAUUUUUGUUCAAAGCUAGGAGGUUCACCAAAAACAACCAGAAACUCUCAACAACGGGAGAUAAAAAAGAAAGAACUAGCAAAUAGACCACCUGAAAGUGAUAGUGUCAUUGAAUUAGUAUCAAGCAUCGGUUCUGCUUUGAAAUCUUGGACAACCAAAAAAACAAAAGAAGAAGGAAACGAUAAAAAGGAGAAAGAAGGAAAAAAAGAAGACGAAGAGACAAAAAGUGAUAAAGCAGAUAACGAUGAAGAAAAGAGUCUUAAUAGUAGUAAUUCAACUAUCCAUUCCUCAUCACCGAAAAUAAGUAAUAAUUUACCUCAGCAACCAGUUCGUUUUGUUAUUCAAAGAGAUUACUUUUAUUUACGUCAACGUGAAUAUCAAAAGAAAAUUCAAAAAAAGGAAGCUGCAGAAAAGUUAAAAACUUUACAGUUUCCUGAAGUCCCCAAAGCAAUGCCUACAUUACAAAAAUAGGAACCUUUAUUGUUUUUCUAUUAUUUUGACAAAAAAAAAUCCGAUCCGGACUUGUUAGCUUUUGUAUUUUUCUCUCUUUAUUUUUUUUUUUUUUUUUUUUUU